AAUGUGGUGCAAAUCAGUUGUGGUUCUGAUCACACACUGGCCCUCACAAGUGAUGGCCGGGUCUACGCCUGGGGUAGCAAUGAUUGGGGACAAAUUGGUGAAGAAAAGAAACAGAAAGUUAUGAAAGAAGUGAAAAGUUUGGCAAAACUAGACUCAGAUUUUGUGGUCAAAUAUUACAACUCAUGGCUUGAGUCCAAUCAUCUCUUCAUUCAAAUGGAGUUCUGUUUGCAAAGUCUUAAAUCUGUUCUCAAAGACAAACCCAUUGUCUUCGAGAGACAACCGGAAGACCACAUGAAUAGUAAUGUGUUGAAUAUCUUCAUGAAUCCGAUCCGCCGAUCCAAUCGUUGUGUAAAACUGUGUGACUUUGGUUUGGCCACCGAACACGACCCCCAACUACACACCGAAAGCCGAUACAAACACUCAUCUGUCGGCACCUUUGGAUACAUAGCACCCGAAGUACUGUCGGGUAAACCAUAUAGUCAUAAAUCAGAUAUUUUUAGUCUUCACGCAAUCGGCGAACAGUUGUUUGCCAUUGAUUUUCAGGCUUCCCAAUCAUUUGAAGCCAAGGAAUCGGUAUUCAAGACAUCUAUACUCUGUAUGUAUGAAAUACUUCAACAAAUGAUGGCAAUUAUGUGGAGACAACGGCCUGAGUGUCGGCAAGUGUUGGCCAAAUAUAACGAGUGGUCAAUCGAUAAGUCUAUUAUCAUAAAUAAUGUGGAAUUUAAUUCAGAGUUGGAUAAACUUAAAUCUAUUCAUAAUCCA